AUGGCUACGAACGAAGGAUUGAAAGAAGAUGAAGAAGAAUUUGUGUACAGGAUCAGCACUGCCGCGGAGUGGGCAGAGCUCCAGUCUACCGGCGCUACAUUUGGCGGAGAUCUCGAUAAGUCCACCGCCUGUUUCCACCUCAGCAAGCUCGAUCAGGUUCAAUCCACUUUACAGAACUUUUUCAUGAAUAGCAAAGAAGACCUUUACCUUCUGCAGAUUGAUGCUAAAAAGCUUGGAGACGGGUUGAUUUAUGAAUCUGUGGAUGAAUCCAAUGUGUUCCCGCAUUUCUAUGGUCCUUCUCGGAGUUACAGUCCUCUUCCACUGGAUGUUGUCAUAAAAGCAGAAAAACUUAGCAUCAUGGACGGCAAAUUCAGCUGCAGCUUCCUGGAUUAA